GCGAGCCGCCUCCGGGCUGCGCGUCUCGCCCCGGCCGCGCUCCACGGCGGCGGCGGCUCCGCGGGAGCAGCCCCCGGCUGCGGAGGAGGCCCGGCCGGCGCCCACCCCCCGGGGCCCGGGACGCCGCGGGGAGGCCUCGCAGGGGGUGCCCCGGGCGCAGCCGCCGCCGCCUGCCGUAGAUUUCGGCGACCCCCGGGAGGCGUUUCGGAGCAAGAGCAGCGCGGAGCUGGUGCGGAGCCUGGUCGUGCUGGGGCUGUGCACCGUGGAGCCGCUGGUGCAGCGGAACCAGGAGCUUAUGAGUCUCAGCAGGAAGAUCCUGGGGCAACAGCUGUUUGAGAAGCUGAUGAAGAUGACUUUCUACGCGCAGUUUGUGGCUGGAGAAGACCAAGAGGCCAUCAAACCCCUGAUCCAGCGAAAUCAGUCAUUUGGUGUGGGAUCAGUGCUGGAUUACAGUGUGGAAGAGGAUCUGACAACAGAGGAGGCUGAGAGGAAGGAAGUGGAGUCCUGUACCUCUGCAGCUGAAAAGGAGAUGGGAGAGCAGAGAGAGAAGCAGUAUCGUGUGCACAGGGGUUUUGGGGAUCGCCGGGGUGGUGUCAUCAGUGCCCGCACUUACUUCUAUGCUGAUGAAGCAAAGUGUGACCAGCACAUGGAGACAUUUCUGCGCAGUAUUGAGGCCUCAGGUGGCGUCUGUGAAGAUGGUUUUUCAGCCAUUAAACUGACAGCUUUAGGAAGGCCACAGUUCCUGCUGCAGUUCUCUGAAGUGCUGGUCAAGUGGAGGAGGUUCUUUCACCAGAUGGCUGCAGAGCAGGGCAAGGCAGGUCUGGCUGCGCUAGAGACCAAACUGGAGGUAAAGAAGCUGCAGGAGACUUUGGCCAAGCUUGGGAUUGCAACCAAAAUCGAGAGUGAGGACUGGUUCACAGGCGAGAACCUGGGUGUCUCAGGUACUGUGGAUCUGCUGGACUGGAACAGCAUGAUUGACAGCCGAAUGAAACUCUCGGAGCUGCUGCUUGUCCCAAAUUUGCAGACCGGUCAGCUGGAGCCUCUGUUGUCACACUUCACCGAGGAGGAAGAUCUGCAGAUGAAGCGAAUGUUGCAAAGGAUGGAUGUCCUUGCCAAGAAAGCUAUGGAGACUGGAGUGAGACUGAUGGUGGAUGCUGAGCAGAGCUACUUCCAGCCAGCCAUCAGCCGGCUUACCUUGGAGAUGCAGCGCAGAUUCAAUGUCAACAAAGCAGUUAUCUUCAAUACUUACCAGUGCUACCUGAAGGAGGCAUAUGAUAAUGUGACUGUGGAUGUGGAACUCUCACGCCGGGAGGGCUGGCAUUUUGGAGCCAAGCUUGUGAGAGGGGCUUACAUGGAACAAGAACGAAACAGAGCCGCCCAGAUAGGUUAUGAGGAUCCUAUUAAUGCCACAUACGAAAACACGAGUGAGAUGUACAACAGGUGUCUGGACUACAUUCUUGAAGAAAUCAAGCACAACCGGAAGGCCAACGUAAUGGUGGCUUCACACAAUGAGGACACAGUGAAGUUCACUCUUAGAAGGAUGACUGAGCUUGAGAUCCAUCCCUCAGAGAAAAAGGUGUACUUUGGGCAGCUGCUGGGCAUGUGUGACCAGAUCACCUUCCCACUGGGUCAGGCAGGUUUUCCUGUCUACAAGUAUGUCCCCUAUGGUCCUGUGAAUGAGGUGCUGCCAUACCUGUCUAGACGGGCCCAGGAAAACCGGGGCUUCAUGAAGAGAGCAAAUCGGGAGAGGGACCUCCUCUGGAGUGAGUUCAAGAGAAGACUCCUCACCGGCAGCCUCUUCUGCAGUCAAAGCCACUGACCUGCCCUAGCGGAGAAGUAGCCUGUGUCUCUGAUAAAGAGACCAACAUAUCAAAAACCUAGCGCCUUUACUAUAACUAUUAUUUUCUCUCCACCUACCCCCUUUAUCAAUAUUUCCUUCAGCCUUGGCAAAAGUGUGUUUUGCUGCAUUGGUAGCCAGUCUUUUUUCAAGCCAGCCUACAGGAAAUGGCUGUGCUUUGUAUCAAAAUGAUUGCACUUAUUUUGGGAUGUGUUAAGGCAACUGCACGCUGCCCUCCAAGAGGAAGUGCCUACCUCUUUCUGGAUAAUUGCAGUAUGAGCAUGAGCACAGGACACUCAGCCUGAUUUGUCACCAAGGGCUAGGAAGUUCUUCUCUUGCUCAUCAAAAUGUCAGCUGCUCCUCCUGGCACCAGUGUUUAGCUGGUGUCUGUAACUAGUGUAUGCACCUGGUUCUGCUGCAGUGUAGCUCUAGAUAGAAAGGGGUCUACAUGCCAUCCCCUGGGAAAGUCCCUCAAAGAUACUAGAGCUAGAGUACUUCUACAUUUGUAGAGUUGAAGAUGCUGCUAUGAUGCUGUUGCAAUUCCUAGCAUCUGAUGAAGUAAGCUGUUGCCUACAAAAGCUUCUUUGUAUUUAAUACCACAGCAGAAUGGUGUCUGCUUAGAAGUGGGCUGUUGGGGCUUUGAGGGGCAGCUACCUUUAUCCAAUGCCACUUUUAAUUACUCUACUGUGAACAAGGGCUACAGACCGGAGUCUCUGGUCAUCUUCAGAGCCAACAAGUUAAUGUUUCUUGGUUCUAGGAAGACUGGACAGCGGAUUCAGAGGCACAAGGGUUAAGUUCAUAUAAAACACUGAGUGCCUCCUAGCCAUCCGAUUUUUGGCAAAGGUACUAAGAGCUGUGAGUAGAAACUUGAACUUAAUGUUCUCAAACACUUGGGUAGGGAAGUAUCCUUAUUUUACAAUUAAAGAAACAGGCAUGGUUCAAAGGUGGGGUUAAUGGCUUGUUGAGGAUCAGAGCUAGGUAGAAAAAGGGGUUCUCAGGGAUAGUAGUGAAAACAAUGUCCUGUUCUGGCCCGACUAGCUAGCUGGUUAGUCCAAGAUAAGUUAGGGAUCAAGCAAACUCCUGAGCUCUAUUUUGGGGCAGGGAUGGGAGAAGUGGUGGGGCGAGGAAAGGACAGGAUUGAUAUAAAAUCUUUAGACGCCUUUAGAAAGUUUGGACUGGUUUAGCCCUUUGGGUGAUACAAGGGUCUCUGAAGCUGUUCCUGGUUCUGUUGCCAGGGUGUGAAGUGCCAGAGCAGCAUUGUUCCCUUUAAAACUAUGCAAGUCCACUCCAUUGAACUAUAAUUCUUUCCUGCCCCCCUGGCUUGAUAGCCUGCAAUACAAGGGGAAGGACCUGUGCCUGAGAAAUGUGUGGAUGGGUGGGGGUGAAUUUGGUAACCUAUGGAGACCUCUAGCUUUUUUCUUAAUACAGCUGAAGAGUAACUGUCUGUACUCUAGGAUUGUUCUGGGAUUUUGUCUUAGCUGUGGUGAUGGUGAUGCAUUGUAUUUCAGGGGAAAAUACUGUGACUUCAUUAAAACUAAUAAAGUUUCCAGAGGUGA